AUUUCGUUGUUCGGAGGCACAACUAACCAAAAUUAUUCUACAAUGGUCCAAAAGCUGUGCAUACUCUUGGUCCUGAUAGGACCUGCCCUAACUCAGUACUAUGAUUACUACGAAGGCAACCGACGGUCAAGAGGGAACAAUCAACAAUGUUACCAGCAUGAAGAGUUCCCUGAGCCGAGCGAAUGCUGCACCCGACCGCUGUGGAUCAAUCAGUAUCUGGUGAGGCCGUGCCAAUUUAGCAAUGUUAAACGUGACGGCCAGAGGCAAGAACACGAAACUUGUAGUGUAGGCUGCGGCGUCUAUCGGAUCAACAUGGAUAUGCUAAAUAAUCAGGUCAACAGAGUGCGUGUGUUUCGGCCGGCUCGAUUGAGGGGCUACGGCGACGAAGACUGGAAACGGACUGUCGUUGCGGCAUUGAAGCUGUGCAGGAAACGACUCACCUCGAUGGUUGGAAACCGCGUUCGGGAAGGUCGAGAGGCGGAGCUAUGCGAGCAGGCGAACGAUGUUUUCGCCGAUUGUCUGGAUGGGCAGCUAUUUUUGCAAUGCCCCGCAAGAGUGUGGAUUCGAACUGAGGGAUGCGAACUUUCCAAGAGUCACCUGAUGGAAGGGUGUCCGUUUAGGUCGCUGACAGAUGCAACGGAGAAAAGGCGUGACGAAUGGUACGAUCGGAAUCAAUGGAAUGGGAACGGAGGAAGGCAUGAUCAGGACGAUACGGAUGAGUACGACUACGAAUACGAAGACGCGAACACCGGGCGGCAGAACAGGAAUCGGGGAGGGUAUGCCAAUCAGAAUGGCAAUAGUAACAAUAGAGAUAGAAACAAUGGUCAAUGGUAGACGGUCA